GUUCGCCAGUGAUUGUGUUGGCUCUGUCUCAUUGGGCAGAGUGCACGUUGCUGGGUGCUUUAUUCCGUCCCAGUUAUUUCAUGUAUUUGUUUGUCUGCAGUGAGAAACAUGUCGUCUCUGUAUAAACCGUUCUCUGUUUCAGAAGGACCGUGUAAAGAUGCUGGUUUGAGACGCAGAUGCAUUUUGCAGCAGCAGCAGCAUCCAGAAGCACCGUCAUGUUUGAGUGUCAUGGCGAGCAGUUUCUUCCCCGUUCACAACAUUUCUGCAGAGAAACGGAGGUUAGCAGCUGCUGCGACGGCACGGAGGAAAAUCACUCACCCGGGAAAGGCAAUUCUUGCAGGUGGUAUUGCUGGUGGUAUCGAGAUAUGUAUCACCUUCCCGACAGAGUAUGUGAAGACCCAGCUGCAGCUGGACGAGCGAGCCAAUCCACCCCGAUACAGAGGCAUAGGGGACUGUGUGAAGCUAACAGUUCAGGAUCAUGGACUGAGAGGGCUGUACAGAGGCCUGAGCUCACUACUGUACGGCUCAAUACCCAAGUCUGCCAUUCGAUUUGGCACUUUUGAAGUCCUGAGCAACCCGAUGCGAGAUGAUACAGGUCGCCUUGACAAUACUCAGAGCUUACUAUGUGGCUUGGGAGCAGGCAUCGCUGAAGCUGUGCUAGUGGUCUGUCCAAUGGAGACACUCAAGGUAAAGUUAAUUCAUGACCAGUGCUCUCUCCGGCCACGGUAUCGAGGCUUCUUUCAUGGCGUGCGAGAAAUCAUCCGUGAUCAAGGAGUUCGUGGGACAUACCAAGGACUGACUGCAACAGUGCUAAAACAAGGGAGCAAUCAAGCAAUACGGUUUUAUGUCAUGAACCUUCUGCGCAAUUGGUACAAAGGGGACGACCCAGCAUGUGAAAUGCAUCCUUUAGUCACUGCUGUAUUUGGAGCGACUGCAGGUGCAGCAAGUGUGUUUGGGAACACGCCUCUGGAUGUAGUGAAAACUAGGAUGCAGGGUCUGGAAGCUCAUCGUUAUAAGAACACAUUGGAUUGUGCUUUUCAGAUUCUGAAGAACGAAGGACCACAGGCGUUCUACAAAGGCACGGUUCCUCGGCUGGGCCGGGUGUGUCUGGACGUGGCCAUUGUCUUCGUCCUCUACGAAGAAGUCGUGAAGCUUUUGAACAAAGCAUGGCCGACUGACUGAGGAGGAGUUAGUGCUUGUUUUGUACAGAAAAAGAGGACUAAUGCAGAGACAGUUGGCUGUGUCACUCAAACGAAGCACCAAUUCCUACACUGAUCCCUGGCUGAGUGCCCUAGGUUAGGCAGCCAUUUGUCUGCAUGCCUUACACCGCACAGAGCAUGAGGUAGGAAAGUGAGAGAAGCUCAUGCAAUGUUUCAGUGCCCAACAUAACUCCCCUGGACCUUACUGCUUUAGAUUGUAGUUGUCAUGUAAAGAGUGUUAUCUCUAAAAGUAAAGUAGCAUUGUGUUAAGGCACACAAUUCCCUCAGAAUCUACUUGCAAAUUAGAUUUUUUUAUUGCACUAAUAUAUAGGAAGCAAAUGUAAAGACGGUUUAAUACAGUAUGUAUAUGAUGGUUUAGUAACUCUUUAGUGUUACUUUACAAUCAUUUUUGUGAUCAAAUUGGGAUUUAGUGUGCUUGGUAUUAAUCUUCCCCAAUACAAUCAGUUUACUCAUGUUAAACAUUCAUUUUGUGGAAGACAAAUGGAAGACAAACAACAACGCUAUUAUAUAGCAACAGAGCACGUCACAGCUUGUUUUUCCCUCUGGCUUAAUUUAUUGCUAAAGCACACAAUCCCCGCACAGAGACCUCUGAAGCUUGUAAAGAUUAGCUGCCAAACCCCAGUCCUGACUCAUCAUUGAAGGUUUUCUUAGCUUCAGCUCGAACAGCUGGGCAUGAGGAUCAAGUUCACUUCUAUUCUUUACCCAUGUUGUUGAAAGAUAUGUUUGGAUAAACUGAAGGGAUUUACAAUACAGUCUGUGGGCUAUGUUUACCAAUAAAAAUGUAUACAAUA